AUGGCGAAGAUAACAACGGCCUGUAAGCAGAAGGAGUUUAGUAAUGGACUCCAGACCGUUGUCAUCCUUGCCAUCAUCGCGUGCGCUGCUGCUAAGCCAGGCUUUCUUGGUGCGCCUCUCGCUUAUAGUGCUCCAUUGAUUGCUGCUCCCGCCCCGUAUGUGACCGCUUCCAGUAGCCAGGUGUUCGCCCGUAAUUACAAUGGAAUAGCCACUGCUCCUGUGGUUGCCAACUAUGUGAGUGCGCCUUUGGCUGCACCAAUUGCUGCUCCAGUGAUCUCCAAGUAUGUGGCAGCUCCAUUGGCUGCUCCUUUGGCCUACAGUGCGCCCCUUGGCUAUGCUGCUGCCCCAGCGCCUCUUUUACUUUAAGCAAUACAACUGUGAUCAUCGAAACUAUAAUAAACUGCUUUACGAAUCAACAAUAUAAUCAAAUUGCUUUUCUAUCUUGCCAAUUAAAUUCU